AUGAAUCCCGACCAUGGUCGCAAGAUGUCGAAUCAAAAUUCCACUCGCAUCUGGGAGAAUGAGUCUUCGGCUUCUCCACCAAACAGUACCCCAUCGAGGCCUCCUGCUCAGCUUCCGUCCAUCGCUACCUUGACGAAUAAUUUACCGCCGGGAGCAGACAAUCCUGCAUCUCCUGCCUUCUCGAACAACCGCUCCUCAGAUCAAUGGGCCACUCCACCUCAGAGUACCCGGUCUUCGGCAUACUCCUCUGGGCCCAAUGGCUACUAUCACUCCUCCUCGAUCAGCUCACCCCAUCGAGCCUCCAAUUCGAGCCAAUUCGGAGCUACAUCACAUCCAUCAGGCUUCUCGGACAACUCACAAGUAUCUCCAGGCUUUGCUCCUCCUCCACAUAGCUUGGGCCUCCCCACGAUCAACCAGCAAUACCAAGACUCUUCCCAAUAUCGAAGCAGCCAUGAAUUCCCUACCCAGGAUUCUCGCCGUAGCAGUCUGGGCAGCCAAGUCAACGGGUUCAACAAUUUACACAUAAAUAGCGUGGCUUCUCCUUCUUAUCAAGGCGCCAAUCAGUCUCAGUCAUCCAUUGCCGCUAGUCUUCAGCGAGAACGAGGCAUACCGCACACCAAUGGUGUUCGUCACUCGGGAACGUCCUCUAUCCAGCAACCAAUGUCCCCACUCGCACCAUACCCUGGAGAGUCGAGACAGGCUUACUCUUCGCGAACAGCUCCUAUCAUUAGCGCCAACCCUAUGAAAGAAGUCUACAAUGCUGAGAAGCCUACAGCUGGCCAACCCUACGCCUUUCCUGAUCCUGAUUUUAGCAAUCGGUCCAGUGGCAGCGGUGAAGCCAAUGGCUCUGCUAUGAUGUCCCGUCGGAAUAGCGAUCAUACGUCAAUCACAAGCAGCAUUGUCACCAGUGAUUCACGACUGCCUGUUGGGCAGCAUCGGUUGGAUGAAGAUAUGCCGGGCACACACCAUCACUCCCUCCAGCACAAACAAGUCAGCCAGCUUGCCGGCGAAUCUGAUUCGCCUGAGGCAACCUCGCCGUAUAGCCGUACGCCAGCCCUUCGCAACAGCCACAAGAUGGCCGAGAGAAAGCGGCGGACGGAAAUGAAAACUCUCUUCGAUGCCUUACGGGCCCAGAUUCCCGCGAGUCAUGGAAGCAAAUCAAGCAAGUGGGAGAUCCUUUCGAAAGCUUCCGACCACAUCCGAAACCUUGAACAGACCGCAAAACAGGGUCGCGAUGCGACUAUGCAGUUCCAAGCGCUCAGCCACGAGCUGGAAGCCAUACGGCGCGAGAAUGAGACUCUGCGUGGUGAAAACCAUCACUUUUAUCAGGAGAUACAGCACUAUCGCGAGCAAGCUCGACCAUCGACCGCUACUGCAAUGCAUCCUCAACCGUCAAUCUAUCCUCAGCCUACACCGUCUGUGAUGGGAGAUCCUUCUCGCUCUUUGCCGCCACUCACAAACGGUAUUCCUGCGGCGAAUAGCAUGCAAGGGGUUCAAUAUACUGAUGAGCGUCGCUGA